AUGCGCGUCGCCGCCAUCCUGCUCGCGCUAUGCCUGUGCGCGGCGCUGGUCACCGCCGACGUCGACGACACCGAUGACAUCCUCACCGACACCACCGACACCACUGACCACGACGACCACGACGACGGCCCGCCCGCCAGCUGCGGCGCCUCGGGCGUGGCUGGCGGCUGGUCCACCAUCUCCAGCAACGUCUCCUCCACCCUGCUGGCCGCCGUGCUCGACGACUUCUCCACCCAGUACGGCGCCAACAUCACCGCCAUGCUGGGGGGCGCCUCGCCCUGCCCCGCCGAGGACAUCACCUACUCCGCCGCCGGCUGCUCCCAGGUGGUGGCUGGCACCAACUACAAGCUGUGGAUCAACAUGAGCUGCACCGUCGGCACCACCAACUACACGGUCGGCGUGAGCGUGGAUGCCUUCGAGCCGCUGCCCACCGGCAACGACACCACCAUCCAGAUCUACGACCUUGAUGUGGAGUUUGUGACUGUGAAUGGCGUGCACAUGGACGACGACGCGUUCCCUGAUGACCCCGACCGCUGGGAUUACAACUCUACCGCCGGCGGCAUCAUCGCCAACGACGACUGGGUGGACGAUGAUGACACCGACCUGGACGAUGGCAUCAACGACAUCGAUGACGGUGUCACCGACAUCGACGAUGGCAUCACCGACAUCGACAAUGGCAUCACCGACAUCGACAAUGGCAAGACUGACCUGGACGAUGGCAUCAAUGACAUUGAUGACGGAAUCAACGACAAUGAUGGACUCGGAGACAAUGACCGCUAG